AUGGAGUCACGGUUACGGAAAUUGCUUUCACCCAGGAAACACAAGGCUUCAACCAACGAUGCCACUGCUGAGCUGGAUCUGCAGAGCAUACCGUAUAGCACGACUCCAUCGCAAGGCCGACUACCUGUGCUCAUCAGUCAAGCGUUAAGGAAACCCCGUGCGGUCAAGCAGUGCAAAAGCAGUCAGCCAGCCGACCCUCUCUGUUCGUUUUCCUACGAAGAAGCGGUACCUGGCAAGCCUCCUCAGCUGGGCGAUCGGCCUCAGCGAGGUAAUGGGCCUGUCAAGCUUCAGACCAGUCGGCGCCUGAGUUCCGGCGAGCUACUGGUCACUGAGCAGGACUACGACCGCACGUUGGAGGAGAUCCGGGAGGGAGAGUACAUUGUUGGCGGCAAGGAGAGGAGGUCUUCUUCUCAACCCAAGUCACCCACGGAACCCGUCAGCCUGAAGUUCAUUUCGACGGCUCCCAGUUCGCCUAGAGAGCAAGUCGUUUUCGCCACUCCGAUCUGGCAGCCUCCAUCUGUACUCGGCGAGUUUGGGCCAGUCGCAUCUCCUGCUUCGACCUCCAGCACUUUCCAUCCGCCCCAGCGGUCGUACUCGGCUCAAGCAUGUUAUUCAGACUACCGCCACGAUGGCUUUGGAAUUUCCGGUCCAGCGCAACAGCUCUAUGCUCGGCCUUCGGCGUCAAGUACGUCUCUCCGAGAAACUCACGAGGAGCAUAACCCCACGAUCCAAGCACUUUGGAAAGCCGAGUAUGGUCGGCUGGCAUCCAUGUGUGGGCAGACGGGUGUGGACCAACCCAUGGUGGAGCGUGGCAUAGACCACGGUGCUGCUCCUCUACCGCACCCCGUAACCCGCCACAGGUCUUACUCGCACUCAUCUCGAUCAUUAAGCCAGCCAUCUCAUCUACCAAACAGUCUUACAAGGACCGGCCCAUGUUUAAGAACGAACGCCUCCACAUCGGUCCUCGACCUGGCUUACCAUGAUGACCGCUCGGAAGGCUCAUCACACCUCAGAUACUCUCACCUCUCCUCGAGUGGAGCGUCCUCAUCCCUCACAACACGGACCAGCAUUGCCGAGGAGUCCAGCACUACCAGAGAUGAUAUCCGCAAAAUCGUUGACGAAAUGCGGACGACGUAUCUACAGGCCAUCGAAGCUCAGACUCCACCCCUGCAGCCUGUGUCGAGCCCGUCCGUGGACAAGCCUCGAUCCAAAACGCAAACACCCUCUCUCAUGUCAUAUGCCUCUGUGGAUAGUAGCCUGAGAUCAGCCAGUCGACAAUCCACGAGCACCACACGCACCAAGUCAUGGCAGUCGAGUUCGACCCAUUUCACGACACCUCGCCCGUCAGUAUCCUCACCCUUGCAGUCGAAACGUCCAGGCUCCGCAACAAGCCGACGGACUUCUGGCCAACCUGCACUCGGCACGGCCACCUUGACGCCCAUCGAAGCCAGCCCCGCGAAAUCCCCCAAAUCGAGCCAAAAGAAGAAACUCCACGAGGGGGCCGGCGGCGGCUUGAAACGCGCCGAUUCGACCACCUUGGGUGCGAUGGCGAGGAAACUGGCCAUCGUCGACGACCGCCUCUCGACCGGUUCCUCACAGCCAGGUUCUAGACGGCCGCCGACAUUCUACAACUCCUCGGGAUCCGACUCGGACUCAUCUCUGUCAGUGUCAUCAUCGCCUACGAAGAACUCGUCAGUGCAACACACGCCCGUGAAGCACAAGUCUUCGGCUCGCCAGCAAUCGCCGCUCGCGAAACAAGCCUGGCAAAUCGAUGUUGAUCAAAUCCUCCCUCGGGACGAGGACCUCGAACUGGCGCUUGACAUUGACGAUUUCGAGACCCUAUGCGACGGCUUGUUCAACGCGCCGGCCUCGACGGUAGCUGUGCGAACCGGCAUAUUACAGGGGUGGAAUGAUGGUGAUUCAGCGACAGCUCCGCAGCGCCACAAUACCAACGCCAAUACUAGCCACUUCGACCACGAUGCCUUCGCCUCGACCAGGCCGGCCGAGCUCAAGACGUCCAAGUUCGCCGAUCACCACCUUGGCCAUGGCUUGGGCUUGACGGGCCUUCCUGCCAUGAUAUGA